AUGUUGCCCUCACUCCGUCCACGUUCAACGGCCAUACUCAGAGCAAUCCCAUCUCUUACACCGCCGAGCGUGAGACCAGCAAUAGCAACAACACGACAACUCUCAACACCUCCCCACACUCAAGCUCCAGAGUCUAAACAGAACCCUACAAUUCUCCUGCAAGACAAGCAGAAUGGCUUCGGGUUUGCGCGUUCGAAUCCGCGGCCCAAGAAGCCGCGGAUGAAGGGUGUUACGGAGAUUCGGGGGCCUUAUUACAGUGUAUUGCCUUCCCUUUUGCAUCUUUCUAUCCCUGAGUUGCUGUAUGCGGUGAGGCUCAUGAUGGGGGACAGGUUAUGGGAAAGCGGUAUCUGGCUGAUGUACUCGAGACGCUCAUUCUCGCUCUUCCCCGAAAAACAGCUCCGAGAAUUAAUGGACCUUGCACAUGAGCAUGGCGUAUACGUCUCCACUGGCGGAUGGGCAGAACACCUCCUCACUCACGCGGAUACAGGGUCCAUCUUCGAAAAAUACCUCCUCAAAUGCAAAGAUCUCGGGUUCUCUCUCCUUCCCUUUCCCCCAAUCUUCCCCCAAUCAACAAUAUCUAUACUAACAAGAAUUAGAUUCGACGUGAUCGAACUCUCCUCUGGCUUUCUCUCCUUCCCCUCCUCAGACUGGCUCCGCCUCAUCGAUACCGUGCACUCGCACAACCUAAUCGCCAAACCCGAACUAGGGAUCCAAUUCGGUGCUGGCGGCGACACAUCCGCCUCCGAACUCUCUGCAAUCGGCACCUCUGACCCCGGAAAACUCAUAAACCUCGGCCGGCAAUUCCUGGACGCUGGCGUCGAAAGGCUAAUGAUCGAAUCCGAGGGAAUCACCGAAAAUGUAAAAGCGUGGAGGACGGAUGUAGUCAGCACGAUCAUGAAGGAGUUACCCAUGGAGCGAGUCAUGUUUGAGGCCGCAGAUCCGAAAGUUUAUAAUUGGUAUGUGAGGGAGUUUGGGGUUGAUGUUAAUCUGUUUGUGGACCAUGCGCAGAUUGUGCAGCUGGAGUGUUUAAGGAGGGGGAUAUGGGGGAUGGCAGAUACGUUUGGGAAGGUUGUUUCGUAUAGGCCAACGGAGUAG